GGAGUGUCAUGUGUACAGUGUGUGUUCCUCAGUCAAGUACUCGUCGUAUAAGAGCUAACAGAGUCUUACUGAUAACCUGUUAGAUAAACUUCUUAAAAACUAUCAACGUGUAUAAACAAAAGAAACACGAGUGUUGGUUGAGUGAGUUAGACGUAUCAUAAACUGUCAGGGUUAUGAGGAUUUUUAAAGAUUUCUGUUUAAAAACUGAAAACAAGAGACCAGUAUUCAGCAAAUUACAGCACAAGAUAAAAAAGAGAAAAAAGAGACCUUAAAACUUUGUGUUAAAGACGGUACGAAGGUCACAAGUGUAAAUAUGAUAGCUCUUAUAUUGUGUAUUGUAGAUACAAUUAUAGAAAAAGCAAAAAAUGUGUAUGCGAGUGAUGAGUCCACGAAUACUGAUGUUAGUGAUAAUAUUGGUGAUAGAAUUCGUAAACGGAAACGUAGAAAAAGGAAGCGACCAGGGCCACCGCCACGGCUGGGGCUGAAGGCGGCGAGCCCCGGGGUCGCCGACGAGGACUGCAACAGCAACACCAGCCUCACCGGCAGCCAGCAUUCCGCGCACGACGACCUCGACGCACACUGCGACAACUCUGGCUACCUCUGGUUCUUAGACUAUAACCCAAUAUUUCGAGACGGCUCGUGCCAUCACACCUCAGUCCUCUCCUCCGUGUCAGCCUCUUACAAAGGCAUCAGCGACCUCGCCUCUCGCUUCGAGUUCACGUCCCGCUACAACGAUCUGGCUAGGGACCUCGAUGCGAACCUCGCCGAGGCUGACAUGGAAAGCUUUAAAACCGAAGACAUACACGCACUGCUUAUGACCGCCAAUCUACCACACGACGACGACAGAACGCAUGAUGUGAGUGGUCAUGGCGAAGAGUCUGUUGGUUCGAUCAAUACGAUGUCGAUAUGCAAGUCGGAGUUGCUCUUCUCCCCCGUGAAGGAAGGCGUUCAUGGCGUCCACUUCAGCGUGGACAGUCUUGACUGUGAGCUGCCCACGGAGCAGGACCUCAUUCUUACCUGCCAAGCCAAUAAGGACAACUAUACUAUUGCCUUUGAGGGCAGCCUCACCACGUAUUCUGAGGACAGUGAGUGCAUCGAGCUUGCCGUCAAUCACAAACAUGACAAAUUGGGUAAAGAAGAUGUAAACGUAAUUUUAGAUAACGAUGAAAGAACGCGCAGGAAUUUAGAAUUAUUAGAAAGAUGUAAGAAAUUAACUAAUAAAUUAACCACUUCGAUGGCAAGAAGUGAUUUAGGAUUAACUACUUGGAGUAAAUUAAAGAAACAAAACAGUCAAUCGCCGCUAAGAAGACAUCCAUCUGGAAAUAACAAUGAAGAUUCUAAUGAUGCUGCUGAUAUGACAAGCGACAUGAACAACUCAGUCAUUAAAAGCCAAAGUUUACCUAAUCUCUAUAGGCGGAAGCUUCUCAAUAGCUCCAUCAAUUCCACCGUGCUCAGUACUUCAACAGUCGAUUCUUUUACUACCAACCAAAGACUAACUGGUACUCCUACAUGUAUGAAAGUAUAUGAUGUAUCACAAAAUCGUUCAUCACAUGGCAGUCAACAUUCAGAGCCCAUGAGUACAUCAUCAACUGAAAAUCAAACUUCUUCCGACAAAAGUCAAUCAAAACAACAAUUUAACUUAGUGAAGCUAUUUAUGAAACAAAAAAGCAUGAGUAACGAUGGAAUUGUUUGUAUGGAUCAAUUAGAUAGAUCUGAAUGUUGGCCAUCAAGUUCUGGGGGAGAAAGUGGAGAUUCUAUAGGUGAACAGAAAUUGGAAAUGAAACUGUCCGAACGACCCCAAGCAGAAUUGCCAAGUAAUAUUGAAGAAACGUCAAAUAUAUAUGAAGAAAUACCGUCGUCUAAUCCUUAUAGUAAUAGAGUAUAUGAUGAAGUUUUAAUUGAAGAAGAGGAAUCUAUUGAAGAUUCGAAAUUAAACGAAAGUGACACAUUAUAUGCCACUGUCAAUAAGCCGCACAUGAAAAGAGCAACCUUAAACGUUGUUAACAGUCCAUCGAAAUUGAGAAACAAUAGAAAAUCAUAUUCAUCACAAUCAUCGGCUACUAGCGUUAGUAUUUCAAGCUGUUCUGAAUCAGAUGGCACCCAAAUUACGAAAAUGCAUAAAGUUUUACAAAGAGAACCCAGUGAUAAUAAAGCCACCUCAACUCAUAUAGAAUCUGAUACAAUAGAUAGAAGCAUGCAAACAUCUAGUAUGCAGCUAUCUAGCUUGUCUCAUGAACGUGAAGUACUAAAAUUAGUUGAAACAUCGUUCCUUGAAAAACUCAAAGAAGGAGAUUGCGAGAAGCCAGUUUUUGUAUUAUACCCAAAUUAUACUUUGCCAGACAUAAGCUUUUUGAAUGGAAGACCAAAUAUUUAUCUCAAUCCUAUAAAAGUUAAUGUAUCGCCUAAAACAAGUGAACAUAAAAGAAAUAGAAUGCACGUAAAAGGAAAACGACCGUUUUCAUGCAAUGAUUUAGAAAUGUUAAAGAAAAAAGGUGUUGGUCAUAUAAAAGAUUGGGACUCUCUGAACUUUCUAUUGCCAAUGGAAUGUAGACAACUUUUGUCAGAAAUACCUGAAUUCACUCAGACUUCAAAGUGUACUGAUAAGUACUGUAACUCGUCACCAUCAUUAAAGGCGAAGAAUAGACCCACAAGUUGUGACUGCAACAAUAUGGCCGGAAAUACCACUGCAGUCUCUUCUAGUUCUAGUACGGCAACACAACCGUCAUCUGGAUAUCGCGGUUCAUCAACAAUGUUAACUGAUUCCUCUGCUCAAAACAGUCCAGCUCCGGCAAGCAAUUUCAACCCACUAUUUGUUUAUCGAUAUGAAAGUGCAACUAGUUCAGAAACUAGCACUAUGAACAACGACGGUCAAAGAAUGAACCCAGUUAUUCCUAAGCGAUCACUUUCUUUGGCUGAUCAAAAUCGAGUAGCAAAACAGGGAGAAUCAGUGCCUCCCAGGCCACCUCUACCAAAAAGUAUAUUACGAAAAUCUAUGGAUAAAACUCGGAAGUCAAGUUCUCACACAAAGCGCUACAGUAUGUUCGAUAUGGAUGACUUUAUUCAAGACCCUGUAGUUUGCAUGACUGCUGCAACUGAACAUAAAACAAAGAGAAGGUCAUUGCAGGAACCUUAUUACCUGCAAAAUCAAAACUUCGAUUAUAGGAAAAAUAAUGAUUUAGCAGCAAAAAGACUAUCUCAACAAUUCCUUGAUGCUGCUGAAAAAGAUGCCGAUUACAAUGAAUAUUAUCAAGAUGAAGGUGUCGGAACUGAGAGUAGCCUGGAAUCUGGAAAGUCAAAUGAACUUAGGUUUCAUAGACCACAUACGCCUCCAUUGCCUAAGCCAAGAAGUAAAAAAAUUGAAUACACAGAAUUUCCACCACCAGGCGCACUAAUUAGCAGUGCAGAUUUGCAACAAUUGGAAGAGUUUUUGAAGUUAAGCGGGUUUAAUUGUCAGAACAUGGAUGAAUGGGACCAAAACCAAGUACAAAAGGCUAAAAAUCUAGCUGAAAUUCCUAUUUGUGAGGAAGGAGAAGUUAGUCCUGACGAAUUUGCCAGUCCCAUCCAUCUCGAAGGAAGAGGAAAAUAUGACCUUAUUGAUGUAUCACAAAAAAGAGCGUUAGUAUCAAAUGUGACGGAUGCAGUUGAAAUGUUAAUUCAACAUUUCUCUCCCGCAACGGAUCAAGCAGAAUUGGCCUUUUUAGGGGAUUCCAAACAAUCUCCAGCGUGCGCAAAAAUAGCUUUGAAUGCUCUGUGCCCUGCUUUGUAUGCAAUUUUUAGAGAUGGGCUUAAAGAGAAUAUAGAAACGUCAUUUGGAGCCGUAAACAAUUCUGUAUGGCAAAUGGUUGAAGCCACCGCUAGGCAAGGUCCAAUAACGAAGUCCUUGAACGAGCUGGUAUUAAGAAUUAAUAGCGAGGAUGCGGUCACAGAAGGUCUUGUCAAAUUUAAUGCAUUUAUCCUCGGUCUGCUAAAUUCACAGUCUGUUGACGCGUGGGUGUCGUAUGUGAGAACGAGAGAAUCAAUUCUUGCCAAACAUUAUGGUUCUGAUUCCUUAAUUCUUGCCGGUUGCAUUGGAGAACCUCGUUGCCGAGUAUUGUUGGAUUCCUUGUUGGCAAGCCUUGAGCCUUUGAAACUCCUACCCUUCUCACUAGACCUAAUGUUUGAAAUGCGUGAACUACACAGAAGUUUCAAAAGAAUAGAAAGCGAGAUGCGUGCUGCUAGUCGGUUGGAUACCAGCGGUGAGGAGCAAUAUAGGCCGAGUUCCGCCGGCAGCUCCGCCAGCGGGAAUACCGGCAACGGAAGCAACAACUCCGGUGGGAAAUUCCGAAGGUUGCAGCUCAAGUGGGAACUGCUCAGUAAUGCCGAAAGCCCCGUUACACCUACAGGCGAAACCUCGCCAGCUUCGAAUCGGGGCUCGAAAAUCCCACGGCCAGUGUCGUCGCCCGUACGACCUCAAGCACCCACACUCCAGUCUCCAGCUAAGAACCAGCAUCGCGGCAUUCCCGUUCCGGUAAGGAAAGGCAACUCCCCCACGACUACCACUCCACGUGGUGCAUCAACAAGACCAAAUGUCACAAGCAAAAAGCCACCGCAACCCGCAAACAGAAAACCUGAGACGACAACGAAGAAACCUGUGGCUAAACCCCAAGUGUCAAACGAAGCUGUUAUUAAAACUACCUUGAAUACUAAGAAAUCUUCGACGUCCCGCGUGGACCAGCACACGUGGCAGGGAGGGAGUGCGCCGCGCCCCUCGUCGCUGCCGUACGGGCGCGCGCCGCCCGCCGCCGCGCCGCGCCGGGCUGCCUCCUCCAGCGCAUCCAGACCUCACACCGCUACCCAGCAGAAACACAGGUACGUUAGGACGUUAUGGCAUCGGCUACCGUCAGACUCAGGCCAUCUCGCUUUCAACGAAGGCGAGCGUCUACGACUGAUACUCGAGGUAGACGACCAGUACUUGUUAUGCUGCAGAGGGGACCACAAAGGGCUCGUGCCCCGCGACGCAGUCUUGUUGGAGGAUUUCUGAUAUUGGCAACCAUAGCACGAUUGGCAGCCAUGUUGGCGGCCAAUGCGGCUGAACUUUGGAAAGAAAUAAAGAUGCUAAAGCAAUUCCGUGCUUACGUUUACAGUCAAACACACUGAUGGAAGGCCUUGUCCAAUAUUGCCGAUGAAAAGUGGCACAACUGUUCGGAGCUGUACGCAGCCGAAUCGUCACAAUUUCCAUACAAACAUCUGGUUACGCUUUUGCAUUCCGAACACUAAUGACUAUUCUAUGUUUGAUAAAAUAAAAUAACUCUGUGGCAAAUACUGAUUUUGUAAGCACAUAGUUGUGAUUAUAUCUUUUAAGCUGUCGGAUCGUAUAGCUUCCCAUACUAUCGCGUUGUUUUGUAUUUACAAUCCGUCGAUCGCCGGCGAUCAGUGUGUCUUGAAUCUUGUUCCUUACGUACCUACGUUACACCUAACCACCAAUGACGAUCUCUUUACAUUUCAUGUAUCCCUUCGCUGUAGAUUUAGUUCGUUUUAAAUUCUAUUACGGCGUAUAAGGCUAAGCUGUAGUGUGAAUUGUAAGCACGGAAUUCUUUGCAUCAAUUGUUGUGGUGAUGAGUAGUGUUGUAUUUGUGAUUUACGGAACCUUGUGAUGGUUGAGAUACUAGGUGAAGACUAUGUACGCAAGAUUGGUUAUGAAAAGUGCUAAAGUGACUAUAAUAUCUCAUUAGUGGACUAUGCUAUUCUCGAACUCUGUAAAUAUAAAUCUAGUUUUGUCGGGGCCCUAUCAUUUUUUGUUUUCAAGAUUUUUCUUAUCAUUCGUUAGUAAUCCUAUAUUUUUUUUAAUCUAUACUUCUCUAUUUUAAAGCGUGCAUCACUAAAAUCAUAACGAUGACAUUUGUAAUCAGUAGUGGUAAAAUCUAGUCCUACUUUGUAAGGUUCCGCGAGGUCUUUGUAUCGAACUGUGUAUAAAUAAUUAAUUAAUACUAAGAAUCAUAAUUGUGGAAUAUUUACUGCUGAUGAGUAGGCUUUCACCAAUCAAGUAUUAAUACAUCAAUGGUAAAUAUUUCGUUCAUGGAAUGUGAUAUAGGUAAAUUAUUUACAUUUUACUUUUAAGGGCGAAAUCUCACAUACUUUAGAAGGCGAUUCUUUUAUAAUACUUUAAAAUUUCGUAAUUUGUUAUUUGCUAAGAGAAAGGCACCCAAUAAUUCGAUAGUUAGAUAAAAUAUUUCAAUAUGGAAUAUAUCGAUACAAUGUCUAAAGUUAUCAAUGUAUUGUAGAUUGUAAAGACCUGUGUAUUUCAUGUGUAUUUUGUAGCAACUUAACGGCAUCGCUUUUGUAGUAUCUUAAAUUUCAAAGGUUUUAUGGUGCGGUAGAUUUGAAUCCAUCUAUUAAACAAUCUCUUGUUUAAUCGUUCCACGGAUUGUGGUUAACUCGCAUUUACUACUGACUGCAUGUCGCCUACCCAAACUGCCAUCCCUUCACGGUUCGUGGUAUUCGAAAUAGCAAUACACGAAUCUGUAGGAAAGCUUAACGGUGAACGGUAUUAACAGCAUGACCCUUACCUCUAAACCCUCCUUAAUGCUGGCCUACGGUUCAAAACAAACAGCAUUCAGGCGUCGGUGUUGGUUUCUAACAAACUUUUGAUCUAUUAAUUGCAUGCGCCUAUCCAAUUUACACUUCCUAUACCCAGCACUGCGCAAACCAACACACCAAAGCAGAUCACAAAUUUACCGCAUUCUCGAAUCAUCUCAUUUUUAAUAGGUCUCAAGAAGAGAGCUAUGAGCUUUGCUAAACUUAUAUGUAUAUCAUAUAUCUUUUCUAUUUUAUAUAUUAUAUAGUGAAUAAUAACUAAUCAUAUCACCGCUUGCGGAUCGCGAAGAGAAAUGAUAUUUUUGGUACGGACUUGUAUUGCUCAAGAUGGAAAAGGCAUCGUUUUCAGUGAUAAACUAAAUUGGUAGUAUUGGCGUGGUAUACUAAAUUGGUAAUAAUCAUGUGUAAUCUAAAUUUAUACUACUAUUAAACAUCAGUAUUUAUCGAUGUGUGGUAUUUGUAUAUAAGUAUGUACUUAUUUAACGAGAAUUAUCUUCAUUAGUGAAAUUAGAGAUCAAAAUUUUUGUAACAAACCUAUGAAAAUGCACGAUACAGUUCCUCUUGUAGUCGGUCGUGCUGUCGAGUCACAUAUUGGUGAAGUAGUCGGUAUACGUACUAUAAAAUUAGGAUUCAAAAUUUGUUGUAUGCGUGUUACAGUGGUGUCUUUCUCGAAGCAUAUGAAGAUUAAUAUCGAAACGAAACUCCUUGCCAACUGCAUUCAGUGGUAGAAAACACAUGAGGCUAGUUGACAUUAAAAAAUCUCAUAAAUACUAAAUAUGGACGUAAGAUGACACAAAAUUAGUAUUGUAUUGUACAAUAGCGAAUACUAUACACAAUAAUUAGGAUAUUAACGAUGUUAUUAAAUAAACGAUAUUAGUGAAAUAUUAUUAGUUGGUCUGUCUGUGUAACAUCGUAACACAAUUCUUUUGUAAUAUAGCCGUUCCCAUAAUCCAUUUAGUAUAAAACGCGCUUUGUGACUGAAUGAUGUGAUGUGGCCUUUUGUAUGUAUUAAAGUUAUAUUAGUAUUUAGGUACUGUGUUGUGAGUGUGCGCUUGUUGCAUCAGCCGGGUCUAUGGACAUCGUCUAUUUAACAUGCGAAUAGCAUCGGGGCAUGCUUCCAAAAUUUAUUUAUGUAAUUAAAGAUGCUCUUACGGCCGUCUAAGUAUUAUCUGAACAAACAAGCAUUAGCGGGGAUGAAGCAGAGGUUACGGCUUUGCAAAUUUCCCACAUUAUACGCUUGGCUGUUAGCUCGUAUACAUUUUAACACAAUUAGGAGUUUGUUAGACGUAAGUUUUUAUCAACAAUUUGUAUUGUCGAAUGAUGUUGAAAAAAGUUUUUUAUAUUAUAUUGACAUCCAAUCCUGCGCGUUCGUUUUAAGAUAAAUUGUUGGAUAUUAUAAUGUGGUUAGUCAGUUAGUUGUCCUCAUUGGUACAAGCAGUUAAGUUAUUUCACUAUUAUUGUGUUAAGUAUUAAUUUAUAAUAAUUUCGAUCGGGAUCAAUAGGUUGAUUUUUGGGUUGAAUAGUUUAUUUUCUUAAGAAAAAAAAAUAAGUGAAAAAAAGAGGCUUUCGUUACAUGCGAAACGUCAACGAACGACUGAGAAAUAAUUCCGAAUAUUUUAUAACUUAAGUUAACCUCGAAAAUAUAUAUUGUAUAAUAAUGUAUUUCGACAUUUAUUAAUUCAGUGUAUGUAUUGUUUCAAAGAUAUUUUAUUUGUGUUAAGUGCCAUAAUUUAAUGAAUUAACAAUUGAUAAAAUAUUAUUAUAAUGCAUAACCAUGUACACCAAUUAAAAAUACCUAUGUAAAACAA